AGCGGCCCAGCUUCGCGCCUCGGCCCGGGGCGGGGAGGGCGGAAUCAUCCCUUCCCUCAGGCCGCGGGCGCUGGGUCCCGGGGCUGAGCCAAGUAAGCGGCGAAGGGAGAUGUUCGAGACACGCCGGCGCCGCCUCAGAUUCGGUGAAAAAUCGCCACUUCUGUUGCUCAGCAGAGUUAAGAGUGGAAGGCGGUGUGGUAGGGGUGUGCGCUGCAAGACGGAAGAGAGAUCUCGCUGAGUAGAGGAAGCUGACACAGGAGCCAGGUGGAGUUCGAUGUAGAUGCAGGUUGAAGUAUCUCCCGUCUGGAACAGGCUGGCUGGGAAACUCAGGGAAGGGACCAGGGAUUUCUGAUCCCCACUACCCUUUAUGUCUGUAUCUCAGAGAAACUUUCACAGUGCUUUGUUCUACAUCGUGGCUGAUCGUCAGGGAAGGUGACCAGGUACUGCCACAGCCAGAUAACCAAGACACAUUGUGGAAGGCAUUCCCGCCCCACAUGAUCAAGCUGGUGCUGACUCUUCAUUGUGGAAGUCAGGGUUUGAUUUUUUAUUUUUUUUUUUUAACAUUACAGAGCACCCCGAAAAAGGCCAAGGUAACAGUCAGCUUGUACCUCAAGCUUUCAGUUUAGAAUUUAGAAAUUUAGAAAUGCCAAUAUUAUGAAUGUUUGUGAAACUUUGUUUUGGUCCCUUGUGUAUUUGAGAGGUGACUUUUGGCUUGAUUCCCAUGUCAUAUAAUGCACUGAACGGAUAGCACAUUAACAAGGAUCAUCUGGUCCAGCCUUUUAAGAAGAAACCUGUUGCCACUUCAUAAUAAAAUUAGCUUUGUAGAGCACUUAAUUCCUUUUUUAAAACAGUUGGAGAGCAAAAAGCACACAUCCUGAUUCAAGCAAAGAAAGGACUGAAUUGCCUGCUUAGAGAGCUGGAUGCUGCUCUCUCUCCUUUCAUAAAACUCAUACAUGAGAGUGAACAUGGCACUUUGUACUCAUUGAGGUACCAGCUUCAUAUUUAAGACCUGUAAACUGAGAUAUGUAUGGCAAAUCUUUCACAAGUGCUUAGUGUUUGUCACUGCAGCUUAGAUCAGUAGUUUCGAGCUCACCAGUGCUACAAAACAUAGGUAUUCCCGUGGAAAGAAAACCAAAACCACCUAGCUUCUGCCAUCUAAAAUUUGGCAGCAUGUUGAAAUCUGGUUUUAAAUCUGAGUUUCCCAGAUAUCAGAAUGGAUAAAUAGUUCUGCUGGAUCUCAAAUGGGUCUAGUGUUGCUGUUUAUAAAGUAUUCUGGUAACCAUAACGCUUACUGAAGUUCUUCCCAUCUUCUGUUUCCUCAACAUUCUGGCUGUGUUUUUGUAUGCAAGCAUGAUGACAUAAACAUCAACAACCUCUGACUUAUGUUUUUGAUAUGUGGCGCUGAAAAAUCUCUAAACAUCUACUUGAAUAUUCAGAGUUAAGCGGCUGUAUUUGUUGCUUGCAUUUAUCGAUUGACAAUGAAGAUCAGUUGCAUUUUCUAUUUUGCACCUGUUGCACCUUUGUACCUUACCUACUGAGUUGUAAAGCACUGUAAAGUUCAUGCAGCUUGCUAGUGUACUUCAGAGGGAAUAAAACUCGGGGUUAAGAAUUCAUGGAACAGAUUCUGAAAAUGGAAUGGGGAGGAGAGUAUUCUCUAGAUUCUUCCAAUUUAGACUGUUUGUUGGAUGUCCUUCGUACAGAACUGGAGUUUCAACAAAUCCUUACUGAUCUUGAUGAAAAAAUAAAGAAGAACUCUUCUAGCAUAGAACAGUGUGUGAAAGACCUGCAAUCAGAAGUAAAUGAAAUAUGUCCUGAUGAAAUACUGCAAAGCACAACUGACUGCCUUCAGUGGCUAAACAACUGCAAUUUUAGUUCUCUCAGACCUUGUCCUACAAACCAUGGAGAGCUGAUGGAGUUCCUUAGGACCCUGCAAAGCUUGCUGAAGAAUGAGCAAAAUCAAGAAGAAAUGAUACUUCACUUCCUUCUGGAUCUCUCUAGUCAGUGUGGUGUCUCAUUUCCCUGUACUCCAAGUGGGACAUCUUUUGAAUUAACAUCUUCCCUUCAUGCCAUUGAGGAUGAUUCGACUAUGGAUGUGAAAUCUCUCUGGGAUGAUGUGAGAUUGCAUCUUCGGCAAUUUUUAGUAAACAGACUCCAAAGUCAAGAAGAAACAGCUACUAAUGCUUUACAACGAAUGGAGUUUAAAACUCAGUGCAUACAGCACCUUCUGUUUCUUUACCCUGAAUCAGAAGUCUUAGCAAAGUAUCAAAAUAUGCAAAAUAAAGUGGUUAGAGAUCUUCUACAAAACUGUAUUUUGUCUAGCUGUGGUGAAACAAACUUCGAUAAGGUGGUUCAUGGUUACCAAAGUUCCGUACCCACAUUGUGCACAAUGAUAAAAGAAGAUUUAUAUCUGCUAUGUGGAACUGUUGAUUCUUCUUCAUCAUUGAAGUUUAUUAAUGAAACUUACCUGGUUACCAUCACUGACGAAAUGACGGUUCUUCUUGAAAGACUUUGUGAGUUGCAGUUCAAAGAAAAUGCUCUACAUAUAGUUAAGGCAAACAAGAUUUCAAAGAAGCAUAGAGGAACAGUUCAUGCUGUGGCCUGCCAAGAAUACCCAAAAAAAGGAAGGAACUUCUGUUUGACAUUGUAUCAACUCAAAUGUCUUUCUCAACUUAUCAAGCUCUUUUUAUUAAUGGAAGAAAAAAUUGAAGAGCUCUCUGCAGAAAUUCUGUUGGUGCCUUCAUUUACUGAGAGGAAUAAGAAUGCUCAAGGAGUUCUGAAGAAAGCUAGUGGGGAGCUUUUAAUAGGAGAAACUAGAGUAAAUGAAACCAGUGUGCUUCCUGAACAGUUACUUCAGGUAGAAGAGCCUAUUUUGCUGAAUUUUGGCUGGAGAAAUGCAUUUAAAGACCUUUCUUCUUCUGUGGCUCACUGUAUAACAAUAGCAAUAGAGGAUUUUUCAACUAAAAUUCUUCAACAUGAGCAGAAAGAAGAGUUUUCAGCUGCAAGCUAUGCAAUGAGUCUUGUAAACAACCAGCAAAUGAGGGAGUCCUGCAGAGCAGCCCAACAGGAGGAGCAACCAAAACGAAUUGCUAAGUUUUGUUCUGACAUCAUGGAAGAACUUGACACAUUGCUUCCAUUGGCUCUGGCAUGCAGAGAUGAUUGUCUCCAGGAAAUUAGAGCAAACUUUGUGGAGGCCUGCAGCAAAGUGGCAACAGCUGUCCUGGCAAGACUGGAGGAGAAGAGCAAAGAUGUGCCCUCCAAAGCUCCCCUGCAAGAUUUGUAUGCUUCCCUUUCCACAGCAAUAUAUGUCUUUCAGCAUUUUACAGUGUAUAGCAAUUUAAUGAGAGAAACGAGCAAAAAACCCCUGUUCCUCGUGCCUGUCCAACAAUAUCAGGAAUUCAUCAACGUUCUCCAGUUUCAAGUUACGAACUACUGCGUCAGAGUUUGUGCUACAAGCAUUUUACAGGAUGCUGAAAGCCACCACUGGGAUGACUACAAAGCUUUUUAUGAGGGGGAAAGAUGCUCAUUCUCUGUCCAGAUGUGGCAUUACUUCUGCUGUGCUCUUCAUCAUGAUCUAUGGACUAUUCUACCUCCCAAGACAGCCCAGGAGAUUCUUACAGAUGUACUAGAGGAAUCUUUGUCUAUGCUGUCCUCCAGAUAUUGUCAGGCCUGCCCCAGUUACAAGAGAACACCACAAAUCAGAACUGAUAUUGCUGCAAUUUUGAUGUCCACUGAAGAUAUGCUCUGGUCAGUUUGCAGCUCUGUUAAGGAGUUUCUGAAUCCACAUGAAGACAGAGAUCUCAAGAUCUUUAAAAUACACAGCCACUGCAAUAGUCUGCUCUCUGUGCUGGCUAUUUUAACUUCACCACUGAAGAAUUUGUAUGAGACAUUUCUGGACAAUUCUGAUGAACAUCUUCCUCAAGAUUUUUCAGAAGUCUUUUAUUACCCAUUACACUGGUUAUUUUGUAUACCGGCAUCUUGUUCUUCCUUACUGAAGACUCCAUCAGCCAGAGAAAUGGCAGCCCAGGGUCAGCUGAAACUGCUCUUAUCCCAGCCAUACUGCAAUUUGAACUUGCUUUUGAAAACAUUGCUACAUCAUGAUUGUCUCUUAGUGAAAAUUUUACUGAGAAGUUCAAGAAAUGAAGUGUUGAAUCGUCAUGAGCAGAGUUUUCUCUUAGAACAGAUAAAUACUAAAGAGCCUACUCUGAUUGAAACAAUCUUUACAGUAUUGUCUUACUGCACUUUAUCACCCAAAUGUCUUGGCAUUGCUUUUGAGACCUACAUGGAAAAAGAGCAGUUGUGGAAUUGCUUAUACAAUAUGACAGUUUCCAGUUGUGGUGAGUCGGAGCCAGAAGUUAUCAGAUGCUUGAAGUUGACUUUGAUUAAUUCAGUCAAGGGUAUCGUGAAGCAGAUAAUUUCUUUGAUGCAUUCAUGGGAGGCAACAGAAAACUAUGGAACAUACCACCACAAGCAAAUAGUGCCUGAAAGUUUACUGAAAACGGUUCCAAAGGAAUGGAAUUACACUCCUCGGGAAAUGAAGAGAAAAGAAUCUGGGAAAUGCUUCACAAGGCUUGCAGCUCAGGCAGUAUCUAUUGUAAUCAGCAAGUUACCUACAGUGAUUGCAUGUUUGCCUCCCCCAGUUAAGUACUUCUAUUUUCUGGCUGAGAGAAAAAUGUCAAGAAACUUUGCUGAAUUGAAGAAAGCUGGUCUGCUUGUCUGGAACUUGAUUGUAAUUAUAUGUCGGAUAUUUGAGGAUGGAAAUACUGCAGAACUUUUAACAGGUGCAACACUUGACAGAUGGAGCAAAGAAAAACUCAGUUUAAUUCAUGUGUGCUUAGAAAGUAUUAUGGGAAAACAGAAAAGUGGUCCUAAGCAAGUGAUCCAGAAGGUUAUACAAAGCAUUGAACAGCAAAGACCAAACUGGAUUGAAAGCCAAUUGCUGAAGGCAAGAAAAUUGAGCACAGACUGUGCCUCAGCCACAGUAGGUGCAACGUUAGAGGAAGAAGAUAUUGGGUUCACUGAGCAGAAAAUAAACAUGAUGGUCCUGGAUAUCUGCCACAAACCAGGUGGCAGCGAGUACCUGAGGCAAAUUUAUCACAUCAUCCAGCUCAAUGAGGAAUAUUUGAAGGAACAACUAUCCUGUGAGAAUUCUUCUGAAGAUGGUGUUACCUCCAGUCAAUGCCUGCCUUUGACACUGAAGGGCAGAGAAGAGCAGCCUGUCUUCAACCCUUUCCAGGCGUACAGGGAAUCUUGUGCAAAAGUGUUCAAUCAGUCAACCAUUACUGAAUGGAACUGGGAUUGGUCAAAGUUGCUGCCAAGUUAUUUGGGACUGAAUCAGAUGACCUUCAGGAUGCUGCUAGCACACAGGUGGGAGAUGAAAGAAGCUGCAGAUCUUGAAGAUGAGGAGAAAGUUAUGGUGGAACACUUAAAAAAUGUUUAUUUGACACAGAGCACUCCUACGUCAGAGGAUAAAGAAGAAUAAUUACUUUGACAGUCCAAGGGAACUGUUUCCUCCGCCUGAUGAAGGACCCUGGCAAGAUCUUGCUAAGGCUGCAAUCUUAGCUGCAGCUAUUCCUGUUCCCACCACAUGUUCUCACAGAUGCUAUCAUGGACAUAGACCACCUGAACAGGAGGAAGGCAAGAUUUUUUCCUAAAGACUUCAGCAGCAUCAUAGGUAACCAUAACGCUAAUGCUGCUGUAGGUUCCAAUCUGAAAUGCAGUUUUUCCUCCUCUUAAUUGCUCCUUUUUUUUUAUCAUGUGUAUAAAAUAUCAGACCAUUAAAAAUGAAAACAGGGACCAUUAUAUUUAAAAAUCUCCAAAGAUCUUGUUCCAGCACUACAUCAACAAAAGGACUGUGAAGCACUGGUGCUAAAAAUAUUACUUAAUGAAUAAAACAGACUUUUUCCUCUGCUGCUGAUAUAGUCAUUUCAGAUUAUAAAGACAUGAUGAAAUGUAAAAAGAAUUUUUCUUUGCUUUGUAUUUCAUGUUUGAAGAUUAGUUGUGGUCUUAAGGCUUAAAAUGUGGCUACAGGGAUUACCUAUGGUGGCUGGUAUGGUAUUUUGACAAAUGAAGCACACAUACUCCAAGCCAUACCAAUAAUGUGUUAGUGCAUGUGGAAGCUGGAGUGCAGAAUAUUCUUUCCUACUUUAUCAAAAUCUAUUGUACAUAAUCAAUUUUUUGUGUAGUCACAUGAAGAGAAUUUCUGUUGAUGUGGUGAAACUGACUGAAAUACUUCUUGUGAAAAAUCUCCCCCUCUGGGAAACACUUAUUCUAAAUAGGAUAAAAUUUGCAAGUGAAAUAAACUAAUCCAGAAUAAAACCCCUCACUUACUCUGAAAUGGGAAUGUCCAAACUGAUUAUUAUCCUUUAAAUUCACAACACACUUGGCUCUGGAAUAACCUGUAAACAGUCAUGUUAAAAAACAAACCAACCAACCAAACAAAACCAAAAAACCAAAAACAAAACAAAAAAAAUUGUUCAUGCCCCUUCCUCCCUUCUCAGCCUGGCAAAUUAAUUCAGCAGUAACCCACUGGGUAGCACAAGGACAAUUCUGUCUUUCUUAUAAAGAGUAUAUUUAUAAUCUAUACCACUGUGGAGCUGACAAGACAGAAUAACUAGUCUGGAUAGAAUAAUAGAAUCAUAGAAUCAUUUGAGUUGGAAAGGACCUUUAAGCUAACCGAGUCAAACUGUUAACCCAACGCUGCCAAGGCCACCACUAAACCAUGUCCCCAAGUGACCCAUCUACACGUCUUUUAAACACCUCCAGGGAUGGUAACUCUACCACUGCCCUGGCCAGCCUGUUCCAAUGCUUGGUAGCCCUUUUGCUGAAAAGAUUUUUCACGCAAUCCAAUCUAAACCUCCCCUGGCACAACCUGAGGCCAUUUGUUCUUGUCCUAUCUCUAGCUACCUGGGAGAAGAGACUGACUCCCACCCCACUACAACCUGCUUUCAGGUAGUUGUAAAGAGCAAUAAGAUCUCCUGUUAGUCUCCUUUUCUCCAGGCUGAACAGCCCACCUGUGCUUCAGGCCCUUCACCAGCUCCAUUGCCCUUCUCUGGACCUGCUCCAGCACCUCAAUGUCUCUCUUGCAGUGAGGGGCCCAGAACUGAACAUAGGAUUCGAGAUGCUGCCUCACCAGUGCCCAGUACAGGGGGCAAUCACUGCCCUGGUCCUGCUGGCCACACUAUUGCUGAUACAGGCCAGGAUGCUGUUGGCCUUCUUGGCUGCCUGGGCACAAGCUGGCUCAUGUUCAGCUCUGUCAAUCACCACCCCCAGGUCCUUUUCCAUUAGCAGCUUUCCAGCCACUCUUCCCCAGGCCUGGAGAGUUGCAUGGGGUUGUUGUGGCCCAAGUGCGGUAUCUGGCACUUUACCUUGAACCUCAUCUCAUUGGCCACAGCCCAUCGAUCCAGCCUAUCCAGAUCCAUCUGCAGAGCUUCCUACCCUCAAGCACAUCAACACUCCCAUCCAACUUGGUGUUGUCUGCAGACUGACUGAGGGUUCACUUCGUCACUUGUCCAGGUCAUUGACAAAGAUAUUAAAGAGAACUGGCCCCAGUACUAAGCCCUAGGAACAGCACUUCUGACCGGCUGCCAACUAACAAUCAUAACAAUUUAACAUAACAACUGAAAACAACAUAAAAGCUGAACCUUUGCACAAUAAUUUAUUAUUAUUCUUAUCAAAUCUUUCUCUAUAUAUGCAUAUUUUAGAAUAUGCAAGCUAAUGUGGGUUUGAAAUUGAACUUGUCCCUCAAUCCUUACUGAGAAAUAGCUGGGCUCAGGUUGUUGGCAAUGUAGUGAUCUUAUUAACAAGCCUUCAGGGUAUAAAAGAAACAUCAUUUUGGCAACAUCACUUAUGCUGAAUAGAUACUUUUGCAACAUUCACAUUUGUUAAAUAAAAUUAUAGUAAUAAUAAGAGUUGUAUAACUAAGAUUGCUAAAUAACAUACCAUUAAUUUCUCAAGACUGCUUACUUAAAACUUAAACCCUUAAUUGAAGCUUGAAAGAGCUGAUCAUUUUUAUAUUCUAAGGUGUGUAAAAUUAGGAGUACUUGUAUAACAGAUUGCUGCUUUCUUUGCCUUAAUAAAACGAUAGUUCUGUAUUAUUUUAAAAAGUUCUGCUGAUUCUAAAAUUGACUUAAGAUUAAUUUCAUUUUAGAGAGUGAUGGGUUCAUAAAGCUGCAAUGUUUUGCUUU